AUGCCAGAGGUCCUGUGGUCGGACGCCGCUGGCUGUUGUCACUUAGGGAAUCUGCAGAGACCGGAUACCAACAGAAAAAGUUGCGGAGGGGACUCGAAGUCAGUGCUUUCUGGCCGACAAACAAAAGGUCAUGUCGUCGAAAACAUGAAGCUUGGCACGUCUUGGCGACAUGUUAUGUUAGGUCGACUCGAUACUACUUCAGGUCGCAGAUUGCCGCGGAAACCAGCAUUUAAGAGGGACAGAAAAGGCUCUUUUGCGUUCACAUUUCCACCGAAGGGUUGA